AUGGUGCGAGUGGAACCGUUUGUUCUUGACAACUGGGAUAUUUCGCCAGCUCAAAGCCGAACCACUCAGUUAUGGCUCUGUUCUAGGAAACCCCGGGCUAAGAGAGAGAUCCUCUCCCGGUAUCACUCCGAAGACGAUCCUCAACACGAACUGUCAUUGACAGUCACACAAGGAGCUAUUGCAGCGAACUUCAUAGUCCUUGAUACCCUUCUAGAUUCGGGGGAUCAUGUUGUCUGCCAGUAUCCGACCUAUCAACAUCUCUACGAUGUACCUCGCCGUGCAGGUGCCGAAGUGUCCUUGUGGCACACCCAAGGAGCGAAAGGAUGGAUUCCUGACCUCGAAGAUCUCUCCUCGCUGGUCAAAGAGAAUACUAGAAUGAUAAUCAUCAACAACCCAAACAACCCCACUGGCGCAACAAUCCCUGAAGCCGUCCUCGAGGGCUUAGUAGACUUCGCUGCCAAGCGCAACAUCAUCAUUUUCAGCGUCGAGGUGUUCCGUCCACUUUUCUAUACCCAACCCAUUCCACCAUCCAUAAUGGGCUUUUCCAAGCAAUACAAAAACAUCAUCGCCGUCAGCAGCUUAUCAAAGGCCUAUGCCCUACCCGGUAUCCACAUUGGAUGGGCCAUAUCGCCUAAUCCCGAAAUUAUAGAACAGAUCACUCUGGCUCGAGAUUAUACCACACUCUCCGUCUCGCAGAUAGAUCAUGAUAUAGCGACUUUUACACGGGGCCUCGGCAUCGAAAAUGGUCCUCUAGGUCGUUCUUGGGAAAUCUGCAGAACUAAUCUCGCCUCGCUGGAGAAAUUUAUCGCUUCUUAUCCUGACCAUCUGCGCUGGGUAAAACCCACCGGUGCUUCAAUGGCCUGUGUGUGUAUCAUUGAGACGCAGACUGGUCUGCCUCUGGAUGACGCUUGUUAUUGUGAGGGCCUUCUAAAGGAGACGGGUUUGCUGCUUGUGCCUGGAGGGAAGACGUUUGGUACUGAGGGAGAUGAUGACUUCAAGGGGUAUAUUCGUGUGAGAUUUUCAGUUGCGCCGGAGAGUUUUGGAUGCGCAUUGAAGAUUUGGGGCGAAUAUCUUAAUCGGUCUUAGACUGUAAAGUCCUGUGGCAUCAGAAUGAUUGCCCGAAGGCUCGCUGGAGGCGAUAGUAUGACUAGUUGGUCCCGUUUAAAAGGAUCGAAAUGAGCAUCACCAC